UCUGGGAACUAAUUAUUUUAAAUGUGGGCGAAAUAAAUAAUUUUUACAAAUAUUUUUUGAAUUGUUGUUAAAUUGAAAACUUUACUCAAAUUUUUAAUAACAUAAAUUUAAUUUCUGUCAAACGCCAAAAAUGCACUUGCAAUUCAUAUUCACAAUGUUGUCACAUUUAUUAGUUGGUUAUUUGUAUACUACAAAAAUCGCGAAUUUAAUGUGUAAUGCAUUUUUCUGGAAAAGCCAUAAAAUUAUAUUUUUAACUUUUUAUUGCUAAACAAAUUCUACACUUUGUUUACUUUGCAAUUAUAAGGAACUGCAUAAUUGCCGACUACGCAAAUUGAUGUAGAAAAUAUAGUUGUUUUAUUGAUGUUGAUGUAAAGUGUUUUAAGAUUUUCAUUAUUUUAUUACGUAUUUUAAAAGAUAUAGUUUUCUAGUUUUUAAUGCGUUGAAGAAAUCAAUAAUGGGUGAAAAUCAACGAGAAUGGUGUCCUCAACAGCUUAGAAAUUAUGAUUUUGAGCUGUCCCAAAUACCAAGAUGCCAUUUUCAAGAUCCCAACGUUGAUGAGCUUAUGAAGAAAAACCAACCUGUGGUAAUAACUGACUCAAACCUUGUCAAGUCAGCAGUGGAAAAAUGGAACCUGGACUAUUUAGAACAAAAUUUAGGCAAAUCUGGUCACACAGUAUUUGUAUCAAACGAUCACAGAUUUAAGUAUUUCGAUGAGAAAAAGAUUCACAACCAAAAAAACAAUCCCAAAGGUAUAGAAUUUGAUCCUCCUACGAGACGAGUUCAAAUGAAAAUCAGUGAGUUUAUGAGAAAAAUUCGGAACUGGAAAGAAGGUGACGACAGAUUAUAUCUUCAGCAAUCUUUGAACUCUACAGUUGGUCCUAACAUCGUAGAGGAUUAUUUGAAGUUCGAUUGGCACUUUGUUGUGCAGAAAAAGACUACACACGGUUGGGGAGAACUGACUUCUAAUGUACUAUUUGUUUCUCAAGAAGGAAACGUCACACCCUGUCAUUAUGAUGAACAACAGAACCUGUUCGCUCAAAUUAGUGGAUUUAAAAGGUGUAUUCUCUUUCCACCUGACCAGUUUGAGUGUUUGUACCCUCAUCCUGUUUAUCAUCCGCAUGAUAGACAGAGUAUGAUUGACUUUGAACACCCAGAUUACACCAAAUAUCCCAAAUUUAAAAACGUGAAGGGCUGUGAAACUAUUUUAAGACCAGGAGAUGUACUGUAUAUUCCUAUUUGUUGGUGGCACCACAUAGAAUCCUUAUUGAAUGAAGGUGCAACGAUAACUGUCAAUUUUUGGUACAAGGGUGGACCAACAAAUUUGGAGUACCCCUUGCAAGAUCACCAGAAAGUAUCCAUCAUGAGAAACGUGGAAAAAAUGUUACUUGAAGUAUUACAGGAUCCCAACGAAGUGGGGCCUUUGUUGAGGACUAUGGUAUUAGGAAGAUACACAGACCCUUAAAAGGGAAUGGGGUCUUAUGUGAAGUGGUUCUAGUCUUUAUACAAAGAAGUCUGUCAUCUAUAAGAAUUGCAAGAAGUGAUUUUUACCUUAACCGAUAUCACUAAAAUUAAAAAUAUUUGAUGGAAGUAUAUUAGUAAAGAAAAUAUUAAUGUGAAAUUCAACAUACAAUGUCAAAUACAAAAUAUAGAAUUUUAUUAACUCAGACGCGAUUGAUCAUCGCGAUUUUAUUAACUCAGACGCGGUUAUUAACUCAGACGCAUCAAAGUUAUAACCCAGUAGAAACUGUUGAAAAAUGAGUGAAGGUUGCGCAGAUGGUUUAUAUGGAAUUACAGGGGAAGCCAUAUACAUACCAUUCAAAUAUUUUUUAGCAGUUUGUAAUUAACUAAAGAAUCGGUUUUUGAAUCGUUUCUCAAAUAUUUUUAUUUUGCUUGUGUACCGUUCCACUAGACGAUUAAAGUGAUUUAACACAUUAAUAUUAAUAUUUUCAUUGGAAGUUUAAGUGAGAUAAUUGUGUUUCUUACUACAUGUGCGCUUGGAAUUUUAAAUUUAAUAAUUGAGAUGACUGUAGGUUCAUUGUGACCAUGAUAAGGGUCCAACUAAUGAGUUAGUUGAUAUCUUCAUAAAAGAUAAUUUAAGAAAAAAUUUAUACUGUAGUUACUUAGAACCGAAAACUAAUUUACAAUAAUAAAUUGUGAGAGUACUAUUUCUUAGAAUAAUAUUAUUUAUUAAUUUAUUUGUUUAUUUAUUUUUGGACGUUACUUUUGGCCCAAAGUUGUCUUCUCCUGUAAUAUUUGUUAAGCUUAGAAUAUUUUCUCAUAAAUUUAUGCUGAUAAUUGGUUGACUGUUAUUUACUAUUUUUAAUAGGAAUCAAUCAUAAUUUUAAUUGAAAAUACGUUUUUUUGACGUUUGAUUUCCACUCCAAAAGAAUGAUAUCCGAAAAAUGUUAAAAUCAUAAAUUUACAAUUUUCUCACUUGAAUAUAUUGCAUAAAUUAUUCUGUGAUUAUUACGUUAUUUAGUUGUUAUAUGUACAUUUUUGACUACAUAAGCGCUUUAUUAAUUUUAUGUGUGAAAAUUCUAAAUAUUAUAGACCUGGAUCCCGCGUAAGAAAAAAAAGUUGGUUAAUAGCAAGCUGAAAAUUUGUUAAUAGCUUAACGGUGUCUAGUCGGACAAACAUUGAUGCACGGGAACACUGAAACAGGGGAAGUUUUAACGGUGGAGCAUGAUAAACGUGUCGUCCUGACAAGUUUAUGAUGGUGAAAAAUAGCAAGUUGUUUUUAAGUUUAUUCAAUAGCCAACGUUAUAUAAUAUAUGAAAAAAUGUUUGUCCGACAAAAAGGUUGGGCAUUUUAACGAGUCCGACACGUAGAACAUGCCACAUCACAGGAACUAUGUUGGUGAUGAAUAGCAGUCUGAUUUUUGCAUGAGAGUUUAAUGAAAGAUUAAAAAAGCAAUUGGAAGUUCUGUCGGACAAAAUGAAUGGGAAAUUUUCCUAGUCGGACAUUCUAAACAUGUAAGAUAUAGACAAAAAUGUUGGUGAUAAAUAGCAAGCUAAUUUUGAUUUGUUUAUGUACAAAUUAUAUUUUGUAACGCAAAAAGUUAUAUGUCGGACAAAAAGUUUGGGCAAAUCGAAGGAAAUAAAUAAAAAACAUUUUUUCAGAAUGACUUAGUCACAUAUUGAUAAAGCGGUGAGCGGCCGUGGGUAACGGCAUAAACGCUGGCCUCAUACGCCAGUAGACGUGGGUUCGAUCCCUGCCAAAGACAAACCAUUUUCAUUUCCAAUAAUGACACGAGCCGUCUCACCGUGCCUCGGAGAGUACGUUAAGCCGUCGGUCCCCCUGGGCUAGUGUACAUCGACACUAGUUACUUGAAACAGGGUUAAAGAUGUAAUUGGCGCUGGAACUAUCCGAAAGGAUCUCCCCGGCAAAAAUGCCAUACGAUAUUAUAUUAUUGAUAAAGCUAUUUUAGUUGUAUAUUAUUAUUUAUAUUCACAUAUUUGCAUGUGCAUAUAUAUACAUGGACACUCCAAAAACAGUGAGGUAAGUAUCAAUGCAUGUAUAUAUUGCAAAACAAUUAUUUUUUUGGGUGGAGUUUGUUCUAGAUAUUCUCAAAAUGACAAUAAAAAAUGUCAAAGAACAUGUGAAAGCAAUCUCUUAGGGUUUUCUAAUUAGGCGCAUCAGAAAGUACGGAAAAUUUCCUACAAAAAACGUUGUAUACAUUUUUUUCCAUACUCAAAUCUUAACCCUGUAAACCACAUUGAAAAAUGUGAAGAGUCUAAAACUUCGGUGCUUAUAAGAAUAGACGUAAAUAUGACACAUUAUGCUUAGAAGUAUGUAUUAGAGGGCUGCAUUUGUCAGUGUGACACUUUGUGCUAUACAAAGUAGUAUUUGAAAGUACAUGGUCUCUGAGUUUCUGUUUGCCACGUGUGUUGGAAAUUAAAAUUUAUAUUAACUAUGGAGUGUUUUUGUGUCUAUUUUUGAGUGUCAACAGUUUAAAUUUUAAGUCGCCAAAUCAAAAGUGAAACCAUUGAACGGAACAUUUUUGAGUAAUUUUCGAACAUUUUACAAAGUUAGUAGAAUACUUGGUCAUCAAUUCAAUGAGGUUCAGUUGCCAGAUAAUUGUGAAAGUUCUAUUGAAUAUCAUUCUUCGUGCUAUAAUGCUUUGCUUGAUUGAAAAAGGGUACCUAAAUAAAUUAUUAUUCUUGUUCUCAUGAUCAUUUUUCAGUGCGUCACAGUUUUUCAAUUUCUCUCUAAUGCAUUAAGUUUGAUGAGACGGAAAAAGCGGUAGCUCCGUGAUUAAACACAAAAAUAAUGCAGCAUUACAAUGUUUAUAUACAUAAGAUGUCUAUUCCUAACCUACGUUUGAUUCGUUGAUAUUUAGAAUGCGCGUUUUUUCUAGCCAAUCAAAUACACGUAUUACGAACAUUUGACGAAAACUUCGUCCAUUUUGGCCAUUUUUUAGAAGUGUCAAAGAGUCAAGUGACGGUUAUUAUUCAGGUCAGUAUUUUGUGUACCUGUCAUUUUGAAAUUUCGAAUUCGACUUCCCUUGUGUUUCACAACUUUUUUGUACAUUAUUUUGUGUUUUGGUUUAGAAUUCAGUUCGUUAAAAGUUAGUUUUGUAUUUUGGUUUAGAAUUUAAUUCGUUAGAAGUUAGUUUAUACUCCAGGUCAUUAUGCAAGAAAAAUAUCCAUAGUAAGGAGACGUAACUCAUGGCUGAAGAACCUUAGGAACUGGUUUGGAUGUAAUAACAAUGAAUUAUUUAGAGCCGCGGUUUCAGAAAUAAAGAUCGCUCUGAUGAUUACCAACAUUUUAAGCGGAGACAGCACCUAGAGAAGAAGAUAAAAACACAGUGUAUGGAUAGUUUUGUGUCAUUUUUUAAUGUUUCCAUAUCUAUAAAUUUAAUUAACAAUAUUGUUUACUUUUUAAUUUUAUUCCCCUUUAUAAAAAAUACCUACAUGUUAACAUAUUGUGUAAAAAUCAAAUCUACUAAAUUACUAAUUAGUUUAAUUCCACAAGCUUUUCAUCUAAAGUACGAUUCUGGCAUCUGUCAGAUUCGUCAAUAAUUACAGUAAUCCCUCUUCAACCGCGGGGGUUACGUUCCGAAGAGAAAGGUGCGGUUGGUGAAACCGUGGUUGGCGAGGGAUCCACGAUACAAAGAAGAAUAUGACAUAAUAUAUAAUCUCAAUUUGGAUAGGUAUAUUAGUACAGAGAAAGAAAUAUGAUGAAAGUAUGUACAUUACGUACAAAAUAUGUAAUUGCAUAUCUGUGAAAUAGUAUUAUCAUAUCAACAGAAAUAAAGACGCUGAGAUCGUCUACAUUCGCCGGUAUUUUAAACCUUCCAAACUAUAAACUAAUAUUAGUAGUAUUACUACUAAGAACAAGCGCCAGUGGCGUAUCAUGAGUAAUUUAACGCGACUGGACAAAUUAUAAAAAAUAUAUAAAAAUAAUAAAAUAUUAUCAUUAAAGAUUCAACGGAUAUCGCAACCGCGGAUAAAUGAAACCGCGGUUGAUGAGUCCGCGGAUAACGAGGGAUUACUGUACAUGAAAUAAGUCUCGACACACCCAAUACAGUAUAUGACGUCAUAAUUAAUGACGCACUGAAAAAUGAUCAUGAGAACAAGAAUACUAAAAUUGUAUAACGUAAUUUUUCUCAACUUUCUACAAAUGAAAUAAUAAUGUAAUUAAUAUGUCACAUGGCAAGAAAUAAUUUGCUGCCAAAAUAAAUCGAUUAGUUUAAAUUUGAAGUUACGAUUGCAAUUUAUUAUGAAUUAUUGUCAAAAGUGACAGUUUUUCUUAAAUCGAAAUGUAUUCAUAGACAUAAGGGUAGACAGAGAAUACAGUGCAAAAAGUCGAUAGGUGGUCUAUCUAUCUCUUUUAACCAAGCGAUCCCGCGCAUGUGGCAGACAAAGAUAGCUAGACCACUCAAUCCAUAAUAUAAUUUGCCUGAUCUACUAUAAAUGUAUUACAGUGAGGUAUCUAAAUGAUGUUGACAUAAAUCGAAAGAUAUCGAUUGUAAUUGAUUGCAGGUACUUUUGACAUAGAAUAAUCACCCCUUAUUGAAAUUUCAAAAAUUAUUUUUUUAAAUUGUUCGACUACAAAAUCUACCCCUUAUUUUUUUCCGACAACAGUCAUUCUUGGUAAGGAAUAAUUUACUUAAUUAAAUUUCGUCUUUGUCGGAAAGCUAUUUAUCACCAGCAUUUUUGUCUAUAUCUUACCUGUUUAGAAUGUCCGACUACGAAAACUUCCCAUUAAUUUUGUCGGACAGAACUUCCAAUUGCUUUUUUAACCUGUCAUUAAACUCUCAUGCAAAAAUCAGACUGCUAUUCAUCACCAACAUAAUUCCUGUGAUGUGACAUGUUCUACGUGUCGGACUCGUUAAAAUGCCCAACAUUUUUGUCAGACAAACAUUUUCGCAUAUACUACAUAACGUUGGCUAUCGAAUAAACUUAAAAACAACUUGCUAUUUUUCACAAUCAUAAACUUGUCAGGACGACACGUUUAUCAUGCUCCACAGUUAAAACUUCCCCUGUUCCAGUGUUCCCGUGCAUCAAAGUUUGUCCGACUAGACACCGUUAAGCUAUUAACAAAUUUUCAGCUUGCUAUUAAUCAACUUUUCUUUCUUACGCGGGAUCCAGGUCUAAUACCUAAAUUUUAUGUAGUAUUGAAAUGAAAAAAGACAAUAGACUACCCUAUAUAAUUGAAAUACUAUUUGAAAAUAAUAUUUCAAUCAACUAAGAUAGUCUAUUGUCUUUUUUCGUUUCACUGGCGCCCAACGUGGGGCCAGUGAAACGAAAAAAGAAAAAAAUAUUACUAAUGAAAUAUUAAAGAAAAUAAAGUAAAAUAAUUAUUUAAAAAUAAAAUAACAAAGAUGUGACGUUUGUAACGUUACAGUAUAACGUUUCAAAGAGUUUCUGGGUAUAUAUUUUCUGUAUUUAAUAAUAAUAAUUAUUAAAUGAGCAUGCAAUGACGGCUAUUACUCACGACACUAGCCGAAGACGAGUGUCGUAAUUAUUAGAGUGAGUAAUAGCCAUUAAAUGAGAGUAGAAUACUAUACUUUUUCUACGACCUUUUUUUAUUUUAAUUAGUAAAAAAAUAUAAUUUUCAACUACUCAAGAUUGAAAUUAUAAUUUACAAAAAUAAAUGCUGUUUACCAAUAGUACGCGGCUGAAUAAUUAGUUGCCUAUGUUAGCAAAUGCUGUCUUCUGUAUUGUAAAAAUCCAACAAGAAAUAGUCAAUUCAUGUUCUAUUCGUUUCCGAAAAAUUAUAAGCACAAAUUUGUAUGUAAACUUGCUUUUUUCUCUGUCCUCACAACAAUAGAAACUAAUAUACACAACAUUUGUUUACCCAUAACCGACAUAUUGAACAACUGUUGACAGGUCAUUGUAAUUACCCAAUCAGAGCCCAUAUAACGUUUGAGCUGCGCUCAGGACCAAGACUUUUGAUGAAUUCAAUAACUUUUGAUGAAGUAUAACUUCAAUAAACUUACUCUCAUUAAAAAAAUAAAAAAUAUUGGGAUACUAUGGGGUGUAUUCUGUAACACUUCCGUUAAAUUUGAGAGGCCUCUAAAAUUUUAGCGCCCGCUAAAAAUAUUCUGGUAUUCUGUAAAUCAUACAUCCGUUAAAAUCAUAACCUAAACCGUUAAAACUCCCGCUAAAUAAAAAUAUUUUAGAGGAUGUCAAAACGUACCCGCUAAAUUUUUAGCAGUCCGUUAAAAUGUGGUUUGAUUAUUUUUGUUGGGUUAUGUUUGUAUGAAUAGUAGGUAGUUUGUUAUUCUUGUAUUAAACUGGAGAUAAAUAUUUAAAAAUGGCAAAUGGCUUUUUAUAAUGUAUUUGGUGAAGAAGUACUUAAUAAAUAAUAAUGAAAGGUAAGUGUCACAUUUUACUUUACAAUCGACACACUACACCUUUAAGAAACAAAAUUCAAAUUUUUGUUUCUUUUUGUAGAGCUGAUUUCAGAUUACAACAAAAACAAAAAGUAAUUGACCUGAAAGUAACUACAAUUACCAUUUCAAAGGAAGUAGGUUACGUACCUACCUAGAAAUGUGAUUGAAAAAGUGUUGGAAGUCAAAGAUGUUUGUCAAAGCAAUUAAAUCCUAUGAAUGCAGUUAAAAUUAUUUAAAGUUAUUGUGGAACAUUACAAAACGUACCAAAUGUUUAUAAAGGUGAAUUUAAGAAGGUUUAUAACCAGAUGCAGAUUAAUAUGAGUACCUUAAUUUGACCAAAAUUAGUGUCGAAGGGGAGAAGAAAUAAGAUAUAUGCAAUUUUUUAGAAAUAUUUUAAUGUAUAACUUUAUAAAUAAAAAUGUUUAAUUGGAAAAUAUGAGUUUUACUAAAAAAUAAAUAAAUACAAUAAAUAUUAUUUUCUAGGAAACUGUCAAUUUCUUCUUCUUAAGGUUUUUGGCAUCUGACAGUCAGUUUUCGGUCAAUUUCUAGGUUAAAAGUAGAUCAAAAACGAUCAACGCGCGACGUUGCCGUAUUUGUUCCAAAACCUUUUAGUAGAUUCCUCUAAAAAAAUAUUAUUUUAGCGGUCCUCUAUAAAAUGUGUUUACAGAAUGUCAAUCUAACCUAAAAGUUUUAGAGGACCAUUAAAAGUUAAAUUUUAGAGGCCUCUUAAAUUUAACGGAAAUGUUACAGAAUACACCCCUAUCUAGGACAAACCCCGGCGUGCAGUCACGGAUUGCAACGAACGAAAUGGCAGGGAUGCCCUAGCAGCAACUGCUAGCAAAAAAACUAAGUUUUCUAUUGUUACAGUUAAAAAUCUUUUAAAUUUUUCGAAGUUAAUUAUUGACAUGUUACAAUAAUUAUUGUAUUAAAUAAACAAGUUUAAGUAAUUUUAUUUGCAGUUUAUCUAGGACUAAUGGGCAGAUUGCAAUUGCGCGCAGCGGUCAGGGUUCUCAACAGGGUGUCUAAGCCAAUGGUGCAAUUGCGCGCACGUCUUAGGUAUGCUGUGAUUGCGCGCAAAGUCGUAAAUUAUAGUAAACGGAAGUUUUAUUUACUUCUUAUUCGUUUUGAACGGAAAUUUUGCUAAUUUAAAAAAAUUAAGAUAAUAACAAGUGAAUACUACAUUGAAAUAGUUGUGAUAAAAAAAAACUAAAUAGUGUUUCUUUUAUAAUUAAUAUUUAUUGUAUUAAAUAAUGUACAUAUGUAGACAUUUAAUUUGAACAUGCCUUAUAACAUAUAGUUUUAACAAAUUCUAUUCUGGAUAUUUCUUUAUUUUUAAAUUUCUCUAUCAAAUUUGUUACAUAUUUUAAUGUUCUUUCAUAAUUAAUUGCACAUAAUUAAUUAAAAAAUUUUCAAAGGAGGAAGACCUAACCCUUCGGUCCAAACCUAACUUUCGGGUAUUAGAGCUGCUGAUAGAUACCGCUGCGCGCAAUCACAAUAUACCGUUUUGUUUACCUGCCUUAAUCCUUCCGUUGCGCGCAAUCACAGCAACCCUCUUAAAGGUAAAUUUCAGUACCCCAGGAGGUAUUUGACCGCUGCGCGCAAUCACAACCCACCCGGACUAAUAUAUUAAAAGUGGCAUGCACCACUUGAAGCUAACUUCAGCCCAUGAGUAAUGAACUAUUACUCACGGGUAAAGUAAUGAGUGUUAUUAUCUAUUCAGAAGUAGUGAAUAAUGAGCAUGUUAGUAAAGGGUCGCAGAAAAAUUUAAUUAUUUGUAGAAAAAUCAAAGUUAUUUCGAUUAUUCUACUGCGAAGAUUAAUUUUACUGUUAGCUUUUGCUGAUGAUGUCGACACGAUUGCACAAUCCAUCAGAGAUGCGAAAAAAGUUUUUAUCCUUUGUUUGAAAAAACAUUGUUUUCCUCUACUAAUUUCAUGAUUUCUUUCAUGAACGAUCAUAUCAAUCACAUAUUAUUUGGAUUAUUAAUAAUCUCUCUCUAUCUCGUUUUGCUAUUUGUGGAAAAAGACAGCAAAUACAAAAUAUGUGAUUGAUGUGAUCGUUCAUGGGUAAUCUUUCAUUUUUCCGACUGUACAUUUAUCAAUCUUAUUGUUAUUUUUAAUUAUUUAUAUGGGAAAUAAGCCACAAUUAAAAUGAAAAAAAUAAUUUUAUUAACGUUUCGACGCCCAAAUCGGGUGCCGUUGUCAAAAUACAAAAUAUUACUAAAAUAAACUAAAGUGUUGUUGUUAAACAAAAAAAUUCUUCUAAUAAUUUAUUUAAUCUCACUCAUUUAUAUUGGCAAUUCAGACAUAUAUUAUACAUUUUAAAGUAGAAGACUUUAAAAUGAUAUUGCCAAUAUUUAUGAGUUGCGUUCCUGGGACGACUUACUGAAAGAUAGUUCAUUCUAUUCAUUCAUAGUAAUAUUUUGUAUUUUGACAACGGCACCCGAUUUGGGCGUCGAAACGUUAAUAAAAUUAUUUUUUUCAUUUUAAUUGUGGCUUAUUUCCCAUAUAAAUAAUUAAUCAUAAAAAUGCCACAAGGAAAUAGCUUCAGAACAACAUUAUUGUUAUUUAAUAGUGGAUUUAUAAUUCUAUUCAAUAUGUCAAUUUAAUAGCAUUAUCAAUAUGCUAUUAAAUUAAAAAUACUAUUUUUAAGUAUAUACCCAGAAUUACGAGAAACAUGUACCUAGUUUUGAAGUUAUUAGAAUAAAAAAGAACAUGGCUUAAGAUCCAUUGUCAUAGUUUACAAAAUUUUUGUAUCUUUGAAGUUAAUAAAUUAAAUUUUAAAAUAUA